CCAGCACGCGUCGGGGCUAUUCUACUCUUGAACCAGCAACAGCCCGUCACUUUCGGAGAAUCAUCUGCGGACGCCUGCCGAUUUUAGUGCAGACUGACGAUGACCACCACCAAGCCGCCUUCUUCGCUAGAGUCACUUCGUCUGGCCGCCAUGCGCUCGCGGGCAAAGCAACGGACCCCAUCGCAGACAGUGACGCAGAGCGUCGCUGCUGCGUUCAGUCGGGACGAGAAGGACUCGUCAGAAGAUGAGGUUGUUAAGAGGGGUCAGGAAGAUCGGACGCCGUCGCCGAAUGGGCUUGAGCAAAGACAAGCAAUAAGUUUAGCUAUUAGUAAAACCCUUGAUCCCACCCUCCAGACAGCGGUGACCUCGGCCCUAGCGGAUCUCUCCAGCGCAGGACUGUCAUAUCACGACAUCAUCUCUUUUGGAAAUAUCCACCCACUGUUUCUAUCCACUCUUGUCUCUUCAGUCUCUAUUCCGUCCUCGCCGUCACCCGCGGAGGCUAGUACCAAGCCCGCGGAGACUACCACUAUAUCUUCUUCUGCCCCGCAUUCUGAGACUCUGACUGAUCAGAAAGACACUGCAUCAAAGGUCCAAGAGACCCUGGCGGAGCUGGUAGUAGCCGGCUUGUCGUACAAUGACAUCGUCUCCCUCGGCGGCGUCCAUCCUGUGUACUUGGCCCAGCUGGUGCUCCAGGCCCCUGACGAGCUGCCUCAUAAGGUCGACCUGCUAGCCCAGGCUGGUGCUACUAUCGAGCAGGUUUCUGCGUCCCUUGCUGCUUCUGCUGCUUCUACUUCUACUGCUGCUGCUGCUGCUGGUAAGCCUGUGCCGUCUAAAGAGCAAACGGAGUCUCAUCCAACCCCAGCUUCAAGUGAGCCAGCUGCUACGGAGCCCAAGACCACUCCAGCGGUAAAAUCUGACAGUGCGCAAACUGUGAAACAAGACAAGCAAGACAAGCAAGACGCAAAAGACCAGAAUGGAAAUGGAGCAAACGGGAAAUCACCCGCAAAGGGAAAACGCGGACGACCGGCGAAACGGCGCGGAAAAGCCGAGCCCCAGCCUCCCCCUCCUCCUCCUGCUGCUGUUCCACCACCACCACCUCCUCCUCCAGCAGCUCCGACGACUGCGACGGAUCCCGCAGGUGCUGCGCCAACUCCUGAACGGCAAACUCGGAGUAAAAUCAUCACGAACGGCAAAAACUCUGUGACAAUCACGGGUAACAGCGUGAACGUCUCGCGGACGCUGCGGCGGCGCCCUACGGCGAUGGAUUUCGACGACCGGCGAGCGAGCGCGACAAACACAAAGUUCGGGAGCGAUCGCAUGAGGGGAAAGAUUGUGAUUGAGAUGAGUGAUUCUGAGAGCGAGGGUUGAGAUGUACCUGGCUUUUUUUUUAGUUUGUUUUUUUGUGUUACUGUGUGUUUUUUGUCAAGGACGGGCGUUUAUAAGGAGUAGAGAGAACAAGACAUGUCUUUCCUGUUACAAGUCAUGAUACGAGCAGCAUAGCUGCUUUUUUAUGUCUGUCACUGAUUUCCUGGCUUGUUCUUCACUUGUCUUGUCACGUCUUCUGUCUCUUCUCUUUGUUUUUUGUGUAUCCUUCUUGAACGAGUCGGAUGACUUCUAUCUAUGGGUUAUGUAUUACGUCCUCUGCAAUGAUAUGAGCUAUUUACCAUCCUAUUUCCAUCCGUUAUAAAAACAAAUAGAGUCAUGAUACGCCCACGCAUCACCGACAACACGUCUUAAGAAUAACAAGCAAAAUAGAGUUUACAAGUUUUCGA